AUGCGCACCACAGUUCUUUCCCAAGCCCUCGCCCUGGCAGGCAUGGCCAACCUAGCCACAGCAAGCGACGACGCAGCUACCACAUCGAUUGCCUACUUCCACCCCGAAGUCUAUGAUGCCGUGCGCCUGGGUAUCCUCUCGUAUAGCGGCACCGCCGCCAGCGUCGUUUCCGCCGAUGCCACAGCGACAACCCUCGCCAUCGGCUGUCUCGAGUCGGCACCGUCCUCAUCGUGCCUCAUCGACCCGAAGAAUCCGCAGACCAUGAUCCAGGGUGACUCAACCUGGAGCUGGAAAGGGCAGUACACGAGUCUGGACUGGCAUCCCCCUGUAACGGCGACGGUGGACUACGGGUGCACAUAUACCUCGCAAUCGAUCGAUGCAAGUUGCUCCUUCAGCUAUAGUGCCUAUGGCUCGAGUGAUGGGCUGGCGUUCUCGCAGCAUUUUGAUACGGCGGUCAGCCUGAGGCCGACUUGGGUGUCCAGCGCAGAGAUGCUUGUCACGGCAGGCGUAGAUAAGUUGGGUGCAACUGCAACUGCAACUGCGACAGAGACAGGGACAAAGACUGAGAGUGAAGAGUCUCAGGCCACGGAGACAGAGUCAGGUGCUGCGGCAGGAGGUCCUGGGCCUUUUGGCGCGAUGGUUACAGCUGCCCCGGUGCUGGUGCUGGGAGUUGCCGCUAUGCUGUAG